AGGUCUGUCCUGCAUUAGACAUGGCUGGGGUUUUGCUUCGCAGUGUUCAGACGUUGAGCAGAGGAGUCCCACGUUGUUUGGUCACAUCCCAGACACUACCUUACCGAUUAAAAUCUUCCAAACCAGAUGUCAUAAAAGAGCAGUCCAGAGAUGGUGUAGUUCACACCCCUCUGGAUACAUUCACAGAUGAAGAGAUCAUGAUUAGAGACAUGGUGCGGAAAUUUUCACAAGAAAGAGUCGCCCCACUGGUAAAAAGUAUGGAUACCAACUCAAAAAUGGAGGGCUCUGUCAUCCAGGGACUGUUUGAACUUGGGCUGAUGGGAAUAGAGGUAGAUCCGAAGUAUGGAGGCACGGGUGCAUCUUUCAUUUCCAGCAUGCUGGUGAUUGAGGAACUGGCAAAAGUAGACCCUUCUGUGUCUGUUACUUGUGAUAUUCAGAAUACACUCAUCAAUGCCCUGUUUAUGCGAUUAGGGACAGAGGAGCAAAAGGAUACCUACCUUCCCCGACUCUGCAAAGAUAUGGUUGGAAGCUUCUGCCUUUCGGAAGCAGAGUCUGGUAGUGAUGCCUUCUCUCUGAGAACGACUGCCACCAAGCAGAAAGAUUACUUUGUUAUCAAUGGCUCCAAGAUGUGGAUUAGUAACUCUGAACAGGCUGGUGUCUUCCUUGUGAUGGCAAAUGCCAAUCAAUCUGCUGGCUACAAAGGGAUUACGUGUUUCAUUGUCCCCAAAGAUACUGAAGGAUUUCACAUUGGGAAGAAAGAGGAUAAACUUGGACUUAGGGCAUCUUCUACCUGCUCGCUGACAUUUGAUAAUGUCAAGGUGCCAGAGUCCAGUAUCUUGGGUGCGUUUGGGCAAGGUUAUAAGUACGCAAUCGAAAUGCUGAACGAAGGGCGGAUAGGAAUUGCUGCACAGAUGCUGGGCUUGGCUCAGGGGUGUUUUGAUCAGACUAUCCCGUAUACCAAGCAGAGAAUACAGUUUGGAAAGAGAAUAUUCGAUUUUCAGGGUAUGCAGCAUCAGAUUGCACAGAUCGCAACUCAGCUGGAAGCAACACGUCUGCUGACCUACAAUGCAGCCAGGCUGCGAGAAGCAGGGAAACCCUUUAAAAAAGAGGCAUGCAUGGCCAAGUACUUCUCAUCUGAGGUUGCUUGUCUGACUACCAGUAAAUGUAUGGAGUGGAUGGGAGGAGUCGGAUUCACUAAAGAUUAUCCAAUUGAAAAAUACUAUAGAGAUGCAAAAAUUGGUACAAUUUAUGAAGGGACAUCUAACAUCCAACUGAGCACAAUCGCUAAAUUCCUUGACCAAGAAUACUAAGAAUCCAUCCACCUUGCUGAUGUUGCACGUCUUCAUAGAAUCAUUGCAGUAUGGACAAAACAUUUUUAAUUAUGAGUACAGGAUCAAAAACAUGUCUACAGUCAUACAAUGCCACUAAACCAUGCUUUUCUACCUUCUUUGUACUAUUAUCAUAAUUAGCUAUAUUUUUCCUGUCUCUGUUCAUCAUUGAAACAAUGAUGAUUUUGUUUUUCAAACCUUUCAUUUUAAACUAUCCUUUAAUGUAAAUGUUAUUAAUAAUAACAUUUUUCUCUGUAGUCCGGAACCGCAAAUUCAAAUUUACACAAUUCCUAAUAAUGUGUAAGAAACUCUUUGUAUCUGAUGUAAUAAUACGCAAGUCUCUCAAUUGUUAAACUCAGACAAAGAAUGUUGAUUUAACUCAGGUCAAACAUAGUUACUAUGUUACAUAUGUGUAAGUGCAAUAUCUAUAUGUUUUUAGUUUCAUUUCCCGGUUUUCUUUUAGAUAGCACCUUACCGGUUUUAUACAAGAUUUAGAUUUAUUAUUAUUUUUUUUCUCUACUUUGAUCAAGCUUGUCAAACUCAUUAGCUCCAGAGAGACAUAUUAGCCAUUUUGUGUUUUAGAUCUGUCUUUCUUUGCAUAUAUAUAUAUGUUUCACCUUUUAUCAAUGUCCUUUUCAUCCUUACCUUUUUAUGCAUCAGUUUCCCUUGUUUCUCUCUCGGUUGUCUCUUAAUGUCUGAACUCCUCCCUGCCAGCCAUCAACAUUGUAACCCCACUGUAUUCUUCUGUACUGGGAUAAAACGUACAACUUACUGACAGAUAAAAGGUGCUAGCGCGUAUGAUAACAUUAAUAUGGUUUGAGUUAGAGAUAACAUUGAUCGCAGUUAGCUGUGAGACCUAUGUAGCUUUUGUUGCACAUCAUAUUGUACACCAUAUGUCCAAAAUUGUGUUACGUUUUUGAUUAGACGUUUGCUUUUUUAUAAGCAUUUGAAAAAGGUUGUGGUAUAAUGAAA